CGCAGAUUUUCACAUAAAAUUUUAAGUCGUUUGAAGAACAUGCAGAUCUUUUACAUACGUGUCCAUUUAGUUACGAUGAAAAUGAUUUUGUAUUGCUUUGUGCAUCUAGUGAUAUGGCAAUCCUUUUUUAUCAUUUUGCUUGUUUUGCUCUGUUUUGCUUACCUAAAAGCUGUCUGUAGAGAGACUGGCAUAUACGUAUUCGAUAAGAAAACCUUUAGCCGUUUCAUCAAUUUACGACAGAUUUUGAACUGUUGAUAAACAAGUUUUAGGCAGCGGAAAUAUUCACUUUUUCUUUCUUAAAUUUUUAGACUAAGCUAUGUCGGAAUACACGGCAGUAAAAAGCAGCAAACUUGUACUUAAAGGUGAAAGUUCGAGCGGCUCCAAACGGAAGCACAAGAAACACAAGAAAGAGAGCAAAGACGGUUCCUCGAAGCGCAGUCGUGUGGAAGUGGACGCCGAUGCCCAAAAGCACGGCGGCUGGUGGAAGGUAACCAAACUGACGGAAAUAACCGGCUCGGUGGCGAUUCAGUUCGGCAAACGAGCCUUCAUCAGGGCACUGGACAAUGGUCUGUUCACGCUGGGAGCACCGCACGACGAGGGAGACGGACCGGAUCCGGAGGAAAUAUUCACUGCCGUACUGAUCAACGAGGAGAAGGUUGCGUUCAAGUCGGGCUACGGCAAGUAUCUGAAGGUGGAGAAGGAUGGGAUGGUAACGGGACGGUCGGAUGCCGUUUCGUCGGUGGAGCAGUUCGAGCCGGUUUUCGAAGGGAACCGGAUGGCACUGUUGGCUGCCGCCAAUGGGUGCUUUAUUUCGGUCGAUCCCGAGGACGACGCGGUGGUUGCUAUCAAGAAGAAGGUGGGCGAAAAUGAGAUCUGCGUGGUAAGAAGCUGUGCGGUGCGGGAGCAGAAGGCAGCCAAGGAGGUGGCCGUUGAGGAGGAAGGCGAUUUGAAUCAAGUGGAAAUUAAUUAUGUGAAAAAGUUUCAAAAGUUUCAAGACAAAAAACUACGUGUCAACACUGAGGACAAAACAACAUUGAAACGUGCUAAGGAGGAAGGAGCUCUGCAUGAAGCUUUGUUGGAUCGACGAAGCAAAAUGAAAGCCGACCGGUAUUGCAAAUAAGUUCAGUUCUUUCGAAAGAGCGAAAAUAUAUAGGCUAAUUAUGUUA